CACCAUCAGCCUCACAAAAACCCUCUUCUCCUCUGUCCGAGAUUCAUACAAAAAUGCUUCUCAAAUCCGCUUCUGCUUUCUCGCUCGUGAACAUCCAUGGAGGAGUCAAGAAGGACAUCUCUCCUCUCUCCUCCUCAUUGAGUCUUCCCGUUUCUUCGGGAAAACCAAGAAACCUCUCCUUCUCUGUUUCUGCCUCCACGCAAACCCUGAGCGGCGUCGUUUUCGAGCCGUUUGAGGAGGUGAAGAAGGAGCUCGAUCUCGUCCCUUCGAGUCCACAGCUCUCUCUCGCUCGCCACAUGUACUCUCCCGAGUGCGAAGCCGCCGUGAAUGAGCAGAUCAAUGUGGAGUACAACGUGUCGUAUGUGUAUCACGCCUUGUACGCUUACUUCGAUCGUGAUAACGUUGCUCUCAAAGGUCUUGCCAAGUUUUUCAAGGACUCGAGUGUGGAAGAGCGUGACCAUGCUGAGAUGUUGAUGGAGUAUCAGAACAAACGUGGUGGGAGGGUUAAUUUACAGCCCAUGGUGAUGCCUCAGUCUGAGUUUGAUCACUCUGAGAAAGGAGAUGCUCUCUAUGCCAUGGAGCUGGCUCUGUCAUUGGAGAAGCUGGUCAAUGAGAAGCUCCUUAACGUGCACAGUGUGGCUUCCAAGAACGAUGAUGUGCAGUUGGCAGAUUUCAUUGAGAGCGAGUUUCUGAACGAACAGGUUGAAGCAAUUAAGAAAAUCUCUGAAUAUGUAGCUCAGCUCAGAAGACUCGGCAAAGGACAUGGAACAUGGCAUUUCGAUCAAGGGCUUCUGGAAGCUGCUGCUGCUUAAAUCUAGUUUUGGGUGUAGUCUUCUUCUUAUGAACUUCUGCUGCUGCUUAAAUCUAUUUUGUUUGUAAUCUCUUAUAAACUCUUGUUGCUUGAUUUGUUUUGGUUCUGGAUUAUUAAGCCUUUAGUUUUUGUUAACAUUUCUGAUUCACAAACCUUUGAGUAGACAACAUCUUACUAUCAAUGGUUUUUA